GCCCGCCGGCCGAGCUCCUGCCCGUUUCCCCCGGCUGGUCCGGGGGUUCCGGGCACCGGCUCCACGGCGGCCCCGCCGGAUCUGCGGACUGGGCCGCAGCCCGCGCCGCGAGCGGACGGCGUCAUGAAGCUGCUGCCCUUCUUCUGCCGCGGCCAGGUGGUGCGGGGCUUUGGCCGCGGCUCCAAGCAGCUGGGCAUCCCCACAGCUAACUUUCCUGAACAAGUAGUAGAUAAUCUUCCAGCUGAUGUAUCCACUGGCAUUUAUUAUGGAUGGGCCAGUGUUGGAAGUGGAGAUGUUCAUAAGAUGGUGGUGAGCAUAGGAUGGAACCCAUACUACAAGAAUACAAAAAAGUCGAUGGAAACUCAUAUCAUGCAUACCUUCAAAGAGGACUUUUAUGGGGAAAUCCUCAAUGUGGCCAUCGUUGGCUACCUCAGACCAGAAAAGAACUUUGAUUCUCUAGAGUCACUUAUUUCAGCAAUUCAAGGUGAUAUUGAGGAAGCUAAGAAACGACUAGAUUUACCGGAACAUUUGAAACUCAAAGAGGACAAUUUCUUCCAGAUUCCUAAAAGCAAAAUAAUGAAUGGCCACUGAUGAAAAAUCAUCAUACUUAUACUGACUCAUUUGCUGUUCUAGUAUUUUACUGCUCAUGACUAUGUAGUCUCAUCUUGGUUAUAUUUUAAGAACCAAAAAUUUUCCUAUAGCUGUGAAUUAGUUUAAACAGUACAAUGUAAUUAUUAUGCUUCAUGUUCAAUUAAACCCAUCAUGCUGUAAUACUAAAAAGAUUCGUUUUAAAAAUCAAGAUUCUUUUUAUGUAAUAUGUUGACUAAAAUUUACCACUAGAAAGGUCUUAACUGUCUUAAAAGGAAAUGAAGUGAAUAAAGCUGUGGGUAAAAAGGCAAGUCAGUAGUUUGAGAUGAAAACUAAUUCUCAUGGUAAAAUACUAGCAUGCAUCUACUUGUAUAGCAUGUGCUGCUAAACAGAAGGCUUGUAAAAGUAAAUGUAUUAAACAGGUUUGAUAGUUUAUUAUAAACCUAAGAGGGAAAAUUCAUACUUGGUAUUUUUGAUAUUUUUGCGCAUUAAUAUAUUACUACAAACAUGAAGACUCAUGAAAUUUAGUCAUUUCCUUUAUGAGGUCAAAUUGUGAUAUUGUCACCGUGUUGGUGUGGCUCCAUUGGUUGGGUGUAGUCCUGUGCACUGAAAGAUUGCUGGUAGGGGCAUGCAUCAGGCAGCUGACCCAUAUUUCACUCUCUCACAUCAGUGUUUCUCUUCCUCUAAAAAUCAAUACAAAAUAUCCUGUGGUUUUUUUGUUUUUGUUUUUUUUUACAGCUGCCUCAGUUCUGAUUGUAUGGACUCCCUCUACCUGUCAGGGUUUUUUUGGUUUGUCUUUUAAAAUAUUAAAAUGAGUGUGUUUUUUGAA